UGUCGCAAUGCGCCAAAUACCGUAGAAGUAUUUGCGCGCAUCUCGUGAAUCAUUCUUCCCAUCCUAUCUACUGUUUCAUUCAUCCCUUGCUAUCUGACUACAACUUUACCGCGGAAAUUUUACCAACCAUUCGGAAUACUAACAUGACUGACCACCUCACAGAUGAACAAAUCGCUGAGUUCAAGGAGGCAUUCUCGCUGUUCGACAAGGACGGCGAUGGCACGAUCACCACCAAGGAGUUGGGCACCGUGAUGCGGUCACUGGGACAGAACCCUACGGAGGCUGAGUUGCAGGACAUGAUCAACGAGGUGGACGCUGACGGCAACGGUACGAUAGAUUUCACGGAGUUUCUUCAUAUGAUGGCACGGAAGAUGAAGGACACGGACAGCGAGGACGAAAUCAGAGAGGCGUUUAAGGUUUUCGACAAAGAUGGCAACGGCUUCAUCUCAGUUGCGGAACUGCGUCACGUGAUGACAAAUCUCGGCGAGAAACUCACAGACGAGGAAUUGAACGAAAUGAUUAAAGAGGCAGAUACAGAUGGAGACGGACAAGUCAACUAUGAAGAGUUUGUGAAAAUGAUGAUUUCAAAAUAAUGUCAGCUGGCGUCGCCAAUUGCCAGCCUCCAUCAUCUUGCAGCGUUGGUGUGAAAGAACCUAUUCAAAAGACAACGCAAUGACUGUCUGAAACGAACAAAGAUAUAGCUUGUGUUACUCUCACAUUUGUAUUUUACGCAUAUUCAGCUGUUGUUAUAUUAUUUUAUUUCCUUAUUUAUUUAAAUUGUAAUUAUAUUACAUACGUGUUUUAUUAAUUGAAAUAAAUUGACUGACCGAGUCAGAUGCAAUACAUAUGAAUCUCCUAGAUAUAUACCCCAAAACACUUGGUAAACAAUAUUUUGGAGGUAAUGUAUACAAAUCUAUUCUUUAUAAUAUCGAGUUUUGUAUCUCCUUGAAAUUACAUUAAAAACGAAUAAUCAUAAUCUAGCUUUCGUAACCUAUACAUUAUCAGCACAUGCAGCCUAUGCUUGAAAUCUAUGGAUGUGUAUAUGCAUUAUUUGAAAUAUUCAGCCAUGUGUGCACAAUGGCUGUUAGUUAUUUAACUAUGCUUUAAAUAAAAUUCGGAAGAAUUA